GCCCAGCUCCCCGCAGCGGCCGCUAGCCCCCGGCCCCGAACCACCCCUCCGACCUAGCGGCCGCCGCCCCCGCUGCGGGAUGACCAGAUCCGCGGCCGCCACUGAGCCCCAUGGAGGAGCCGCCGCCGCCACCGGCCCGCUCACCAGCGAGCAUGGCCUUACUGGGCAGCCCACACCCCGGCGCCCCCUCCGCGGCCGGCCCGCCUGGCGGGACUUCCUCCGCGGCCACGGCAGCCGUGGUCUCCUUCAGCACCGUGGCGACCGCGGCGGCCGCGGCGCUGGGGAACCUGAGCUACGCAAGCGGAGGCGGCACAGCUGCCGCUCCCGGUGGCGGCGGCCUUGGCGGGUCCGGGGCAGCGCGGGAGGCUGGGGCGGCGGUGAGGCAGCUCCUGAGCUCGGAGGCGGCGCCGCUGCUGUCGCACGGAGCUGCGGUGGCGGCCCAGGCGCUCGUCCUCUUGCUCAUCUUCCUGCUGUCUAGCCUGGGCAACUGCGCGGUGAUGGGGGUGAUCGUGAAGCACCGGCAGCUCCGCACCGUCACCAACGCCUUCAUCCUGUCGCUGUCCCUAUCGGAUCUGCUCACGGCGCUGCUCUGCCUGCCCGCCGCCUUCCUGGACCUCUUCACGCCGCCCGGGGGCUCGGCGCCUGCCACCGCCGCGGGGCCCUGGCGCGGCUUCUGCACCGCCAGCCGCUUCUUCAGCUUGUGCUUCGGCAUCGUGUCCACGCUCAGCGUGGCGCUCAUCUCGUUGGACCGCUACUGCGCCAUCGUGCGGCCGCCGCGGGAGAAGAUCGGCCGCCACCGCGCUCUGCAGCUGCUGGCCGGCGCCUGGCUGGCGGCCCUGGGCUUCUCCUUGCCCUGGGAGCUGCUUGGGGCGCCCCGGGAACUCGCGGCGGCGCAGAGCUUCCACAGCUGCCUCUACCGGACCUCUCCGGAUCCCGCGCAGCUGGGCGCGGCCUUCAGCGUGGGGCUGGUGGUGGCCUGCUACCUGCUGCCCUUCCUGCUCAUGUGCUUCUGCCACUACCACAUCUGCAAGACCGUGCGCCUGUCGGACGUGCGCGUGCGGCCCGUGAACACCUACGCGCGCGUGCUGCGCUUCUUCAGUGAGGUGCGCACGGCCACCACCGUGCUCAUCAUGAUCGUCUUAGUCAUCUGCUGCUGGGGGCCCUACUGCUUCCUGGUGCUGCUGGCCGCCGCCCGGCAGGCCCAGACAGUGCAGGCCCCCUCGCUCCUCAACGUGGUGGCGGUCUGGCUGACCUGGGCCAAUGGGGCCAUCAACCCUGUCAUCUACGCCAUCCGCAAUCCCAACAUUUCGAUGCUCCUAGGGCGCAACCGCGAGGAGGGCUACCGGACUAGGAAUGUGGACGCUUUCCUGCCUAGCCAGGACCCAGGUCUGCAAGCCAGAAGCCGCAAUCGCCUUCGAAACCGCUAUGCCAACCGGCUGGGGGCCUGCAGCAGGGUGCCCUCUUCCAACCCGGCCAGUGGAGUGGGAGGGGACAUGGCCAUGUGGGCCCGCAAAAAUCCGGUUGUACUUUUCUGCCGAGAGGGUCCACCAGAGCCUGUGACGGCAGCGACCAAACAGCCUAAAUCCGAAACUGGGGAUACCAGCCUCUAAGACGGUUGGGAUGGCCAGCUUAUGAAGGCAAAUUUCCACUCGCAUUAUUUAAUGAUGGAAGAUUCUGGGGGAGAGUCGUGGAUUUCAUAAAACCAAACAUUUAAAGCUGGAGACGGGGGAGGCUUACCACUUUUCCCAAACAGCAUAAAAAACAAUGUCCCUUCUUCAAAAGUGCCAAAAGGAAUGUAAAAUGCAAAAAUUAAAACAAUCUUAAACCACAUAACCAAGCAUUGUGAACUGUAAGUGCCAAAAAUGACAAAAAUAACAUUCACUAUAACUGAAAAGCUCAUAUUACAGGACCACACUGUGAAACAAACAAAACAUUGAAUGCAGCUAGUAUUGUUCAACUACAUAGAAUUUCAGGAAUGAAUGGAGACCCUCAGAGCUGCAUGAAAGCCCCUUUAAAUCGCUAGCAUCCAACAAAACUGUAGCUUCUAGAGCUUGCACCUCUGACAUGCCUUGGGUGGUUAGAUUGCAAGUGGAAAAGUCUUAUCCUUACACACAUUGGUGCACUUCCUCACCCCACCCCCAAUAACCUUUGUGGAAAAUCGUUAAUUCAUUUAACCCAUUUAAAAUCAUUUUAGGAUUUUGAAAAAGUGGUUAUUAUUAGAUAAAAUUCAGCCAUCUGAAGGACAAGUAGAAGUAUGAGCAUAAAUGUGUUUUAAAAAUGUUUUCCAAGAUUAUAUGUAAAAAUUAACAUUCCUUCCACCCGCAUCAUCUCUCCAAAAUGAUCUUCCUUGGAAAACUUUGAAGCUUUAUCCUUACUCUAACAUGCUACUUUUAUUUCCAAUAAAUUUUGGGAUGCUGCUCAGAAUGCUUUCACAUUAAAAAAAAUUUU